AUCCAAAAGUAUCAUCAGCUUGUCCAAGAUGGAAGCCUAACGUUGGAUUCACAUCAAAUGCAAAUUAUCAAAGAGUUAAACCAUGUUUACGAUGGACUACUUCAUUAUCAACCUGAAAGGCCUGGAUUAUUCAGCAAGAUGUUUGGUUUUGGUGGCAACCGUGUAAAAAGACCAAAAGGAAUUUACAUGUAUGGCAGUGUCGGUUCAGGAAAAACAAUGUUGAUGGAUUUAUUUUACAAUAACAUUCCAAUUGAAAAGAAACAACGCGUACAUUUUAAUGCCUUUAUGCUAGAUGUCCACGCACGAAUACAUCAAUUCAAGACAAAUAUUCCCUUCCAAGCUGGACGAGAAAAACCUCACAAGUACGAUCCCAUUCCACCUGUUGCUAGCGAUAUCGCAGAGGAUACAUGGCUGCUUUGCUUUGAUGAAUUCCAGGUUACAGAUAUCGCUGACGCUAUGAUACUGAAACGGCUAUUUACAACCUUAUUUGAUUACGGAGUUGUCAUUAUUGCUACUUCAAACAGAAUACCGGACGAUUUAUAUAAAAACGGAUUACAGAGAAGCAAUUUCUUGCCUUUCAUACCUAUAUUGAAGAGUAAUUGCCAUAUAGUACCGCUAGAUUCUGGCAUUGAUUAUCGACGAUCAGUACUACCGAGUGGAGGACAAGUUUACUUUGUGUCUAGUGAAUCAGAUGCAGAAAAUGAAUUAAAUAAGAUAUUUGCACAAUUAGCCGCUAAAGAAGGUCAAGAGACCGGUAAGAGAGUAUUGCGUCAUCUUGGUCGCGAUCUCGAAAUCCCUAUAGCAUGUGGGAGGAUUGCCGAUUUUACAUUUGAGCAGUUGUGCGCCCAGCCUGUUAGUGCAGCUGAUUACUUGGAAAUAUGCCGCCAUUUUGAUGUUUUAUUGAUAAGAAAUAUACCGAUUCUCAAUCUUGCUUUGAGGACAGAAGCCAGAAGAUUUAUCGUCCUAAUUGAUACAUUAUAUGAUAAUAAAGUGAGGGUGGUUUGCUCAGCUGAAAAAAUAGCGGAAGAUUUAUUUAGUACCAAAUCAUCAAAAAAGGUAACGGAUGCGAAGCGAAUGUUAAUGGACGAUCUGGGAAUUUCCGAGUUUGAUAAAGAUGCCAAUGCUAGUAUUUUUACUGCAGAAGAAGAGAUUUUUGCAUUUGAACGUGUUAUUUCUCGUCUAAUUGAAAUGCAAUCGGAACAAUAUUGGGAAGCAUGCAUUGCGGAGAGAAAUUUUGAAAGCAAAUAA